UACCUCGACACUGGUGACAGCGCAGCAGCAGCAGCAGCAUCUGUUUGCCACUUUUGGCCAAAUCCUGUGAGAUCUGCCGAUCUAAAGCUCGCAGUGAGCGGGUUGGGUCUCCAGACCAUGCCGUCCGAUAUGUUGUUGCAUGCUGCCAAUUUCAGCACACUGUUUGUGUGCAUGGUGCUGAAGUUCCCGCAGAUCUUUGUACUGAUGCAAGCGAAAUCAACGGCUGGAGUCAGCCUCAACAGUCUACUCCUAGAGUUGAUCGGGUAUAUUGUUUUUGUAACGUACCAGAUGUACUAUGACUACCCACCUCCAACAUACCUGGAAUAUCCAAUCCUCAUUGCUCAAGAUGCCAUUCUUCUGCUCCUUAUCCUCCACUACAAUGGCAGCCUGCGGCACAGCCUCAUCUACACCUUGCUGUUUGUUGGAGGUUGGCGGCUCCUCACUGUGGAGAAGUGGAUCAUAGAUUUGGCCAUGAGUCUGUGCACAUUCAUCAGUGCAGCCAGUAAAUUGGCCCAACUGCAAUGCCUGUGGAGGUCUAAGGAUGCUGGACAGGUUAGCGCCCUCUCCUGGGCUCUGGCUACCUACACAUGUAUGGCACGGAUUUACACCACCACUGUGACAACUGGAGACAUGCAGGUUCUGGUGCGGUUCAUUGCCAUGACUUUGCUCAACAUGUGGGUGCUGCUCACCGUGCUCUACUACCAGAGACACAGCAGCAGGUCCACGAAAGAGGACUAAGCUUUAGAGUUGGAGCCUGAGACCGGCCGACCUGUAAACCUGCAGUUCACGCCCAUGGUCCCCAGCUCUGAUCACAGCCACGACUAAA